CCCCCUCUCCCAAAUCACAGAAACGAUGCUAAUCCAAGCGCUGAAUAUAGGGCACGCAACCCUCCUCUUCCUCAUCCUCAUCUGCUUCGUCCAUUUUCUCACUCCCAACGACGUCGUUGCGGUUCAGAUUCUUUCGAAAUCGAAGCUCGAGAAGUGCGAGAAGAACUCCGAUUCCGGAAACUUGAACUGCACCAAAAAGAUCGUCCUCAACAUGGCCGUUCCUAGCGGCGCGAGUGGCGGAGAGGCAUCGAUUGUCGCGGAAAUUGUGGAGGUGGAGGAGAAUUCGAGUCAGAAGAUGCAGACUUUCCGGAUACCGCCUGUUCUGACAGUGAACAAAUCCGCAGCUUAUGCCUUGUACGAGCUUACUUACAUACGGGAUGUCGCCUAUAAACCCGAAGAGUAUUAUGUUAAAACCCGCAAAUGCGAGGCAGAUGCAGAUGCCAAAGUUGUGAAGAUAUGUGAGAGGUUACGAGAUGAAAAUGGUCACGUUGUUGAACACACCGAGCCAAUGUGCUGUCCUUGUGGGCCUCAGCGGAGGGUACCUUCAUCAUGCGGAAAUGUUUUUGACAAGUUGAUGAAGGGAAAAGCCAAUACUGCCCACUGUGUUCGUUUCCCGGGUGACUGGUUCCAUGUUUUUGCUAUUGGACAGCGGUCAGUGGGAUUCAGUGUUCUAAUUCAGGUGAAGACUGGGUCUACAGUUUCGGAAGUGCUUGUUGGUCCUGAAAACAGAACAGCCAUAUCCAAUGAUAACUUUUUACGAGUCAAUCUUAUUGGAGAUUUUGUUGGUUACACAAAUAUACCAUCAUUUGAGGAUUUCUACCUCGUAAUCCCAAGGCAGGCGGGCCCUGGUCAACCCCAGGAUAUGGGGAGGAACUUUUCUAUGUGGAUGCUGCUGGAGAGAGUUCGAUUUUCUUUAGAUGGUGUUGAAUGUAACAAAAUUGGUGUCAGUUAUGAGGCUUUCAAUGGGCAACCAAACUUUUGCUCUUCGCCGCUCUGGAGUUGCUUGCAUAAUCAAAUAUGGAAUUACUGGGUGGCUGACCAGAACCGAAUUCAAAGGCAUCAGUUGCCACUUUAUGGGGUGGAAGGAAGGUUUGAAAGGAUAAACCAGCAUCCAAAUGCCGGGACUCAUUCGUUCUCCAUAGGAGUCACUGAAGUUAUUAAUACAAAUCUCUUGAUAGAACUAAGUGCUGACGAUGUAGAAUAUGUCUACCAAAGGAGUCCUGGGAAAAUCUUAAGCAUCAAUGUCCCAACAUUUGAGGCCCUUACUCAAUUUGGAACUGCGACAAUAACAACCACCAAUACUGGUGAAGUGGAAGCAUCAUAUAGCUUAACGUUUGAUUGCUCUAGUGAUGUCACCCUUAUGGAGGAACAAUUCUUUAUUAUGAAGCCAAAAGAAAUGUCGACCCGAUCCUUCAAACUUUACCCACCAACUGAUCAAGCUGCAAAAUAUGUAUGCGCCGCUAUUCUAAAGGACUCAGAAUAUAAAGAAGUAGAUAGAGCUGAGUGCCAAUUUUCUACAACAUCUACUGUCCUGGAUAAUGGAACACAGGGUAAUCCCUUUAGUCCACCAAAGAAUGGCACAGCCAGUUUUUUUGAAUCUAUGGAAAGUAUUUGGAACAAUCUGUGGAAUGUUUUGGUAGAUUUCGUCACUGGAAAAACUUGCAGAAGGAAAUGCGCUGGAUUCUUUGACUUCAGGUGCCACAUACAGUACAUAUGCAUGAGUUGGAUUGUGAUGUUUGGUCUACUCUUGGCAAUUUUUCCAACAGUGCUUGUGCUUCUGUGGCUUCUACACCAAAAGGGACUUUUUGAUCCUAUAUACGAUUGGUGGGAAGAUCAUUUUUGGGAUGAUACUCAGCACAGCAAGGAUUAUCGAAAGCACAGAGUUGACGUAGACCGCCUGCGCACUCAUGCUCUUAAACAUCAUGGACAUGAAGCGACGCACCACAAGCAUGGUUCUCACUAUAAGCGAAGAAACAUUCACCACGAUUACAGGCAUAACCAGCUUGAAAGAGGCAGCGAUUAUUACUACCAUCUUCACCAUGUCCAUAAAGACAAGCACAAGCAUGGGCGAAGAAAGCAUUCAAGCGUUAUGCAGAUAGUUGACGAAAGUCAUGGAUACCAUGCCAAGAAAAAGGGAAGGAGAGCAACAAAAGACUAUUGAAAGUGACAAGACACGAUCAAGAGUGAAUUUUCUAAGUACAAGGACUGAAUUGACACAACCUCGUACGGUAGAUCUGUAAAUAGUAACAGCACAAUAUAUUUGUGAGAGAACACUUUUGUUUUCUCAACCAAAUGUCAAUAAUUCACAACUAAAUUGACUUCA